UCCAAUACGAAACUUCCUGUGGCUCAUCUGUCUGUCGCUAUGAGCUGUGACGAGAAGAAUAACAAGCGAAGGAAGAAGCGUUCGAAGCAGAGUUCGGAAGGGAAUUCGCACGCUCCGAAAUCAGUCGAAAAUCGUGAGGUAUGUAGGCCGAACAUUAAGCACACGCACUGCAGUUUUCACUAAAAAAAGGAUCAACACUAUGAGAAGUGGGUUUCAGGUGAUGUACAUCUCUUGUUUUGACGGUAAUUUUCUAUUUCCGUCUGGCUUUAGUCUUGGCCUUGGUGGUUUGCUUAAAAUGGAAUGUUUGUUUUUCACUUAGACGUCUUUCAUGUUAGUUGCAUGACUUUGAAAUGGGUUCCAUUUCUAUCUAUUCACCUCCUUUAAACACGACAUAAAUUAUAAAGCGAUGAUUUUGCUUGGUUUCGUUUCGGCCAUCGCGAAAUGAAGGAUUUUUGUUUCGCUUCAACAGACACUGCCAACGAGUUUCUGGCAUCGAGUUAUAUAAUUUUUAGUCUUUCAUAUCGCAUGUUUAGACGAGGUGUCAUGGAGGUUAUUUAUCACUUAGCAGCGUGUUUAGCUGGUAAAGUAAAGAACUCUGUUGUUCCCUUUGGUAAUAAUGAUUCUCUGUUAUUAACUUUUUUUGUUGUAAAGAUAUUUCCAGUUUAAUGACCUACGUAAUUAGAAAUAACAGUUGGUAGAAGACACGAAUUCUAGCGAUCAUGUAAUGCUGGUGUUCUGUGAACACAUUCCAUAACAGAUUUUUAACAUCUAUCUCGAUUGUGAAUUUAAAAAUGUUAUUACCCCCAUUAUAUUAACUGGCGGAAUUAUUUUUUAUGAGAUGUGAAAUUGAUAUUUCACUUAGAGAUACGAUCUGAACCUUCUGUUUUCACUGUAUUUACAUGCUUCAAAAAGUUGUCCUUGCUUGUGAAGCCAUUGAGCUAAUUUAUUUUUAAAUGGUCUACAUUGUUUACCUAUAAAGAGAGACAAAGUUUAUAACUUAUAAACACAGUUUUCACAAGUCUUCCUCUUGUAACAAGGUAAUGUCUGUUUUAUGCACUUGCUUUUGUGUCAAUCUCCUUUCAAUUUUACUAAGGUGGAAGGAAUUGGGCCACUGAUUGUUGUUAUUUUAUUAUCGUCCUUUUAUACUUUGUAUAUCAGUGAAAAUUAUUUGACUUUGCUUUUUUUUCAUGAUAUUAGGGAGGAAAAGCAGUUCAAACUCAUGUCAACUCUUCAGACGUUAAACUUUCUCAGGUCAGUACUGUUCCAUUUAGAGCCAAGUUGUUUUGACCCUUUCUUUCUUGUUCAUGUCAAAACAAUCUUCAAAUAAGCAAAGCUGUUUCAUAAACAUUGCAUUUAUGCCUUGUAUUUUUUUUGUAUUUUGUGGGAACUAGAUUAUUGCAAUUGGUCCGGUGUGAUUACUAUGAUAUCUUCCUGUGACAAGCUGCAUCCUCUAGAAACAGUCAUGGUUAUGUGUACAGACCUUAAACCAUUUGCCCCCUGGAGAUUUUGCCAAAAAAAGCGUUUUAAAGCUAGUUGAGCGGUUUUCUGGUCACUGUUGUUCUAUAGAGAGCUAAAAUUUACCACAAGGCCAUUUACAGAUCGUACAUGCACUUCACGACCUUCUGAUCCAGAUGCAAAGUAGUAGCUUGUGAAGUUCAGGCAUGCACGGAAAGCAAAAUGUCGACACAGCAGCAUGUUUUUGUGACACAGCAGUCUUGAAUUUUACUUUUCGCUUUCUCUCCUCACCUCUUUUUUCACUUUUCUCGCCUCAAUUUUUUUUCUCUUUUGCUGGGUAUUUGGUAGGCUUCAUUUUGGUGGGAAAAGUUUUUAGGAAAGCUAUUAGGAUCUUAGGAUUAGAUGAAAGGAAAGGUGGGUAGGUAGUGGGACAAGACUUUCAUGGAAAUUUUCAGGUCAAUGUUACAUGGUUUUUUGCAUUUUUCUCUGGUGUCCUUUGCUGAAUUUUGCUUAUUCUGCCAUGGUUUGAAAGAUCUCUUCACUCUGCUCAAGAUAGUUGACAAAGUUGUCCUUGGCCAUUAAAACUUAUGAUGUUACACGCGGUAGAAAGGACAGAGAUCCGCACAGGCGGUUACGUGUGUCUCAGGGGCAAAUGGGUUAAGGUUGUAACUCAAACGCAAAUCGUUAGUUUCAUAAUUAGAUUAGAUUGUAGAAUUGACAGGGAAAUUCCAGAGCAAGAAUCUGCUGAUCAUGGUGUCCGCCAGGCAGUCUUAAGUCUACCCUGCAAGCAGAGGUUUCUUUUUGGCAUAGUUUUUAGCAUUUGUAAAGUUGUUCACAUGGCUUGUCAGUCACAUAGUUGAUUUGUUUGCGCUCCAAGAGAAACCUCUGCAGCAAGCCAUCUGUAGUUUUCAUAGUUAACUCGUUGUCUAUAGAGAUAAUGAUAUAAAUUUCAUAGCCCUGCCAGGAUUUGAACUUGCACCCCAACUUACUCCAGUGCAAAUAGUGAUGCCUCAUACCACGGGACCACUGCGCAGUUUGUUUCUUAAAAUUAAUACAAUUGAAGUAUUUUUCUCUGCCAUUCACAUUGUUUGAACCGUGUGGAGCUGUAUUUAUCAUGAAUUCAAAGAUGCAUGUGAUGAAAAAUGGCUUACAGUGUAAACCAUUUGCAUUCACUCACCGGCUUUAUAUAUAUGUAUGCCCACUUGAUGAGCACACUGGUCUUCAUCUUCGCUGCUCUCGCUGAAGGUCGGGUUGCCGUUUUUGUGUUUUAAAAAUCUUUCAUGGCAAAGAUUUACUGCGGCUUGUCCAAUCAGUCCCUGUUGUGUUUGCAGCCCACUGUUAUUUGCCUCAGAAAUACUUCGCAAUUCACCAGGCGAUUUGCCAACAUACAGUAAACAGAGGAUAAAUAAAAUUAGCCCUAGUUGGUGGCCAUGUUGCCUGGAAACCCAAAAUGCACGAUGAUGUCAUGCUGAAUGGCAUCUUUAGGAUUUGUUUAUGGCUUGUUGCUAGGCAACUUCUGAAAGAAAGAUUUAUGACCAAAGAAAAAAUCGCACUCCGCUUGCAAUCCUCUUGCAACAAAAUUAUAAACUGGCCCCACGAGAAUGAUAAAUAAACUAAUAACUCUUGAUGUAAUCAAUUAAUGAAUAAAAAUAAGUCAAUUAUUAAUCCUGCUUGUCAAAAUGUUUUUUGGGGGCUAAUUAACUGAUUCUCGGAGUAGCAUUAUGCUAGCUUCACCUUGCCUUCAGGCAAGCUGUUAAACAGACUUUCUGAACACCCCAAGUCCUGUGGCCCAUUUAUCUAAAGUCCUGGUAACUUUAAUCUAAAGAAUAAAAGAGUGGAUCCUAGCUAACAAACCAGUCCAUUUUAUUUUGUUCACUGAUAGUUUAUCAUGUUAUUUGUCAAAACUGUCUACAGAUCUUGAAUUUAAACAAUAACAGCAUACAUUAAUUAUUGGGACUUUUGAGAAAUAGGCCACUACUAUUCUUUUAAGUAAACUCCAUGUGCAGUCAUUGUACAUGAUGCAUUAAAAUAAUGCUAAGAAUGAUUGCAUUUCUUACAAAGCUCUUUCCUUUCUUUGUCAGCAGAUCCUGUACAAUUCAACUCCAAAAUCUGACAAUGCACCUAAAGCUGGGACACCAUGUAUUGAUGGUGAAAGAUGCCUUCUUUGUCACAAAGAACGUUAUGACAAGCUCAAGAAAGGUGUGAAAGCUGUUUGAUUUUGUUAUUUUCCUCUCUAAAAAGUGUUAAAAACAAUAUAAAUUGUUCAAACAGAAUAACAGUAAAGUUGCAAUGUUUGUUUGACAUUGCUGUAUGUUGUUUUGUUUGGCAAUAUAAUAGGAUAGCUGCAUUUAUUAUAUGUAUUAGGAUAAUGUUUAGGUAAAUCAGCAAUAAACCUGGAAAUCAAGGAAAGUCAUGGAAUUCUACCCUAGCAUUUUCCAAGAUCAUAAAGUUCUUGAGAAAUGACCGCAGGUUGUUGGAAAGUCCUUGAGAUGUGUGAAGAAUGAUCGUGGACAUUUGGAGCUGAUGAUGUUUCACCACCCCAAUCUAGGUAGUGCUUUUCAUUGGUUGAAGCAAAUUUCCCUUGUGGCAUGACUAUUCAGAAGCAAUACCCAGAUCUGGGUAGUGACACAUCAUUAGUAGGGAAUUUCUGCUCUCGUUCAUCAGGCGUCAUUUCACAGGGAAACCAGAUUAUCAAUUUCCUUGUUCUCCUAGUCCUAAUUAACCGGAAUAAUUAGUGCUACGAGACAAAGUAAAUUCAGAACCAACCUAGGCUGAAAAAUUUUAACCUGAAUUUAGUUUUGACCUGUAACAUAGACAGAAGGUUAUUACAUGUCAUCCCUUUGGCUCCUGCCAGUAAAACUGUGUUUUUAUGAUUUGUGUAUACUGUAGGGUUGAUGCCGUGGCAUACAGCUGUGCAUAUGUAAAAAUUCAUGUAUUGUCUCUUUAACCUCAGGUGAACUCAAGUCUCUAUCUUGUAACUCAACUGAAACCCUAGUAUCACAGGUGAGAUUCUACAUUUUAUAUCUUGUUUAUAAAGCUCUCCAGGGGAGUUUCUGUACAUGAUUACUAUUAACAAGUCAGUGAAAUGCUUGUAGUAAAAUUUCGUACAGCAUCCUUCAGGGUUUUCCCUUAUGUGCAAGUACGCAUCAGAGACACUUUGUUUAGCCAAAAAAGAAAAAAAAAAGGACGCAAAACACCAAAGAGAACCGGUCCUCUCGGACGCACAUGUUCUAGAGCAAUAGUUUACUAAUAAUUAGUUUAGAACUGCGUAGAUCUGCAAAAAAUCUUUUUGAGAAAAAAAUGUAAAGACUUUUGAAUCUUUUUUCUUUUGUCUGACUCCUUUUUUUAAAACUAAAAAGAGCCAUACUCACAUUGAAUGGUUCUUAAGCUUUUUUUGAUGUUCCGAUCAGGGAACCACAUUGAAACUCCUUGCAGAGGCUUGGAAACUAAUGUUUCAUUGUGAGGCAUUCUAGGACAGAAAGUGAGUUGAAAAAAACAUGGCAGAUUCUGAAUCACAGCCUGGUUAAAAGAGUCUUCCUUUUCUAGGUCUUUGUUUUCUAGACCCCCCUACUUGUGUUUUAAUGUAGUACAUUUUUGUAUUUACCCAGCAACUACAGCCUCCCCCAGUUUUUGGGUUAAUGGUCAGCCACAGAAUAAUUCUAGGAAUAAAUGCGGGCAAGCAAAAGUGAGCCCACAGACUAUUCUUGGUCAGCAGCAGUUUUUUUUUUAUAAACAUGUCAUGUUUGUGCACACUUCCUAACCAUCAGUUACUGCUAGUGCAUAAUUAUUUAUGGAUUUUCCAUUGCAAUGGCAGUCUACAGUGUAUGCAUGUACAUGUAUAUGCUAUCCUACUGUAAUCUGAGACUUACCAUUCCAAAUCAGCAGCAAGUAUGUAUGUAUGUAGCUUUCUUAAUUAUGCUAGAGUGUUUUUUACAUGUAGGUACCACUUUGGGUGUGUCCUGACUGCAGAAGAAACAUUGAAGAAGAGGAGCGUCGUGCAGCUCUGGAACCUUCAUCACCAUCAAAUUUCCAGGUGCACUAUACCAGCCCUAAAUUAAUUUAUUUCAAAAGACAACUUCCCUUUCAUUUUUUUAGGAACUGUAAAAAUCUAUAGAGUACAAUAAAUCAUGACAAAGUGUUUAAACAAUAUUAUUAUGAGUAUUGUUAUGAUGAUGAUGAUGGUUUUUGUUAUUAAUAUCUCUAUGUAACAAUUAUUAUUGUAUUGUAUUAGCUUGAGGUAACACACUCAUUUUCAUCCUUCAUUUUUGAGUGAUCCUCAUUAACUUUGAAGAUCAUGCAGCAUCUUUAAGUAUUAAUACAGUGGAAUUAUUAUGAAUGUUGUCAAGUGUAAAUACUGAGUUACAAAAGGGCACCUGAUCUUGUUCACAUUUGCAAUGUGAGGUUUCUCGAUGAACACUUUAUAUUACCGGUACUAUUUUGUGCACUAGUCCACUGAAUGUGUACUUGUAUAUGUAUGUAUUGUGUUAUAACACAGUUUUGUUUUUAAACAACAGGAUUUGAAGCAGAAACCAACCUUGAAUCUCACCCUCUCUAUAACUACUAAGCCUAAUGGUCAGGAGGCAAAGUCUCAUUGCCAGAGCUGUAACAGAAGGUAUACAUGUACAUGUAUAUAAAUUGUUGUUAUUGUAGACAUUUAGCUCAACUGAAGCAUUCCCAGUGGUACAUUUAAAUGCUGAGUUUCCUUUUGGCACCCUUCACUGAUAAAAAGUUCACCAAAGAUACGUUGUAACACCUGUUUUAACACAGUCAUUCUCAUACAGUGCAUAAUUAUGCCAUCUCUCCCGGAUUGUUCGGGAGUCUCCGGGAUAUGGCACUGAUCUCCCUCUCUCUCGUACAGGUCACCAAAUCUCUCAGAUAAAAAUAAUGGACUUCUGCGCUUUUCUGUGCUUUAGUUUGAAAGUAAAUCCAUUUUUUUCUCAACAUUUGAUCUUUUUUUUAUUCAUUGUAUGGUUUCCGGGACAUUUUUGCGUGUAUUUAGUCACUGACAAAGAUUAUUUCAUCAUUGCAACAAUGAAAGCAAAUUUUGAUAGCAUGUACUUCAUAAGACUCCAUAUACGUGUAAUGUUUUAAGCCAUGGUGGUUGGGUCAAUAUUGUUGGGGGGAGGUGGAGUGGUGGGGUUGUUGACAUUCAAGGGGGAGUGUAGUACCAAAAAAGAGACUCCAGAUAUUAGAUCUCCAGAGGUUGGUAUCUCUGCAUUUUUGUGUUCUAAACUUAUAACAUUGUCAUUUUGCCAACUCUACCGGAUAUUGUCGGAACCUCCUAGAUACAAGUACAUGUACUCUGGAAAUUUCCCAGUCUCACUUGCCAAUGUCCAAAAGUGACUUUUGAGCUUUUUAAAAAAUACUUAAGUUUGAAAUUUAGCUUAUUGUCCCGUCAAAUUCAUAAAUGUUUUUUAUCAUCAACGAUUUCUGCCCUGUAUUUGCACAUACACUGUACAUUGUAUUAACCACUGAUAAGACUUUGUCAUGAAAGCAAAUGCUGUUAUGGUCUGUAAAUUUUGUACCUCAUGGAAAAUGUCACAAGACGCUCCUAUGUUAUGAUUUUGGGACUGGGAUGAGGCUUGUGAGGGGGUUAGCAUUAAGUAACAUCGGCUGAAAGCAGAUUGUUUCUUUCAGUAAAAUUACAUGUAGAACAACUUAAGUUCAACUUUACGGUGUAAUAUAUAUAAAAAACAGAUACACCAUAAACAGGACUUGAAUGCUUUAAACUCGAGUCAUUUGCUUCAUAACCUACAUGUACACCCAUAUCCACUACACCGUCGAGGGCUACAUGUCAAUACCUGCCAAAUCCAGUAAUUUUAAAAUAUUUAUGUACCUUUGCCGUAUCUUAUAUUUGAAAGCUAACCAUUUUCAGUUCAGUGCUUAGCCCCAGUCACUGCAGAUCAGUGUUUAACUCUCUCGUAUGUUCUCUCCAUAACUGGUGCUCUGCACUUUUCAUUUAACAAUUCCCUAGAAAGCAACGUUAUUGUCAUUUAAGGGUUGAAAAAGGUUUUAUUUUUAAUCAUUUUUUUUUAAACAUUUUUUGUAUACAGUUGUGUGAAGCCAGAUGUUAUAAAUGAUUUGGCUAAGGAGAAGGAAAGGCAGCAACUGCGGGUUUGUUUUUGUCAUUUUUAUCAUUCUACUCAUAGUCCACAAGCCACUUGCAGAAGCAGCUCAUGGUGAAAGAGCCAUUUUAAAAAAAUUUAAAGAAAAAAAUUGAUACUGUUUACAGAUUGAAUACACAUCUUCUGCGAAGAGAUGCCCCCCUUCAAAUAUGAUAAAUUAUUUCCUCACCCUUGACCUAAUUUAGGUGCCAGCCAAAAGUGAUACUGCAUAAAUCAAAGAAAUCUAUUAAUUUUUAUUACAUGUAGCUUUACCGUUCUAUACAUAGGAAAUAAUAUUUUCCAAGCUUAACAUUCACCAGAUCAUUGUGCAUAAGCAUAUGCAGCUGUACCUCCACCCCCCUUCACUCUCUGUACCCUGUAUGGACAUUCCUAUCUUAGCAAUAAUUAUGUAGGGUGUUUGUCACAUGAACCUAGUUUAGUGGCCUCAAUUAGCUCCCAAUUAAUCUCCUGUGGCUUUAUAAUGUUAGAGGAUCUGGACUACUAACCAGGAUGGUUUGACUCCUAAGUACUCAGGUUAUCUUCUUCCAAGCCAACCGUGUCUCUGAGUAAAAAAAAGUAUCCUUCUCCACUAGGUUUAAUUAUAUGUAUAGAUACAUGUUUGUGUUAGUGGCAACUGCCAUUGUUGCUGAUAAGUCUUUUAUUCUUGUUAUUUUUCAGUGUUGUUGGGGUGAAGUACGGAACAUUGUCCGUUGUAUUUAUAGGGAAGCAGGCACAUCUUUGGCAGGUAAAAAGCAAGACAACGGUGUUUAACCUAGUCUUAGAGUCAUGUGAUGGAGAGAGAAUUUGUCAGUUCCACCUUAAGUUAAAUUAAAGGGUAAAAUCAUGUGGUGUUAUGAAUGGUUAUCAUUUAAACCGAAGCUCUUCAGCAGUUCUUUCAUCUAGCACUAUUAAUAUUACUCAGUUUGUAACUGUAGUUGUAACUUUUGUGCCUGUGGAUGAAAUCCUAUGGUGUGACCAUUCAAUAACCACUGGAACCUCUUCAUCAGUACUCUUGCAUGGUACUAUUAUUGGUUGCAUGUAGUACAAUGUAUGUACUACAUAGUUCUAACUUUUGAGUCUGUGGAUGGAAUCCAUUGGUAUUACCAUUCAAAUGAAACCUUUUCAGCAGUACAAUGUACUUUUGCAUGAUAUGAUUUUUUAUUAAACAAGUUUGUGGACAAAAUCCUGUAGUUUCACUAUUCAUUGACAAGUGAAUCCUCUUCAACCAUACUUUUUUCAUAGUACCCAUUUACAUGUUAUUAUUUUUUCAUCUGGAAGAAAUUAACCCCUUGAGCAAAACUUUUGCACUGUACUGCAUUGUAUUUAGUUUUUAAGCGUUUAUAAAACAAAAUUUGACUUUUUAGAAUUAACUGGUCACUAUAAACAAUUCAAUGGCUAAAAAAACAAAAAACUGGGAGAGGUGUUUGAGCUGAAGGAUAAAACUAGUUCUGAUAUUGGGAACAGAGGUAUAAAACCAUUUUUCGCAGGAGUAUCCAACUUUUAAGCUGCAAUGAUAAAUAUUAUUUUCAUGAUGUUCUUUUCAUUUCAGAUGAAGAGGAAACAGUCAGAAAUUCUUUGGAUGAGAACAGGCUCAGAGUCAAAGUAGAUAAGUGAGUUCCAUUUCUCCUUACAUGUUCAUCAAAUUACUAUGUAGGCCAUCCAACCUUCUGUAAGAGGCCAUGGAAUUAACUUUUUUCCAGAAAUCUUGUGACCUGUUAAUAGAGAGCUUAAGCAAAGACAAUGUUGAGCAACUCACAUCAACUGGAAGUGUUUAUUUUUUUCAGUUUUGGAUGGUGGUUUUGCCUAAAUUUUACAACAAAUCAGUGUCUACAGUAGUAAAGACACAUAGAAAUACAAAUUUGGUAUCAUCGAGGCCUGCUUUAAAAUGAAAAGGACCUCACUUCCAAUUGACAUGCAUUUCUCAAAAACCCCUUUGGUUAAGCUCCCUAAUAUUACAUGUAUUUCAAAGUGGUGGCCAAUUCCCGAGUCGCAGUCAUCUGGUUUUUUAACUUCAAUAUGAAAAAUAAUGAUGCUAGGAGAUUGCCUGCAUGAGAAACAUCAAGUCUGUAUCGAAGUAAUUUACUGUAAGGGGAUGGUAGAAGGAGCCAUAGCAUCGUCUACAGCUGUAUAUUAAAUCCUAGAUGACAGUUAGUGAUAGAGUUUUUUUCAGGGAACAAGUACUGAUUUUCUUACGCAAACAAGGAUACUUGGAUGACCAAUUUUAUUUCAGAUUUAUCUUAACAUGCUUUCAUCUUUUCUUCUUUUUUUCGAGAAUUUUAGUUACUUACCAAAAUAAUUGGCAGCUAAUUUUAAGGAGGUUCAACUGUAUUUUGAUUUCCGCUGGCCCAGGAUCGACAGUGCUAUGAUUUCCCUCGGAAAUGUAUAAUAAAAUAUUUUUUUCUUCUUUAGGUUACUUAAGAGUGAUCCAGCUCAGUUAUUUGAAAAGCUUGAGAUUCAAGCAAGGUACCUUGCCUACCCCAUGUACAUGUACAAUAUUAUUGUGCUUUAGUCUGUCUGGCAUCUUGAGAAUAGCUUGCCUGUGGUUCAUGAUAAUACGUGAUCAUUAUUUUCUUAUUUUUGAUUUUUAAGAAAAUUGUGCUUUUCGUUUACGUUUAGGCUGUUUCAAUACUUGUUUGCCUCUAAUAAUUAUGGUCCCUGUUUUCCCCGCAAAGGUUGAAAUUGGGGCUUGUCACUAGUUUUUGAACCUUCCUAUAAUAAUUUACAGUAAUAAUAACAAUGUGUGUGAAUCCACUGUUCAUUACGUACAGCUGUAUGCUUAAAUCAAGAGAUCAGUCUGAAUUCAACAGCCGUUACUUACUCCCUCAGUAACGUCUGAAUCGAUCGUCCGGAAAUCUCUAGAUGGUACAGAAUUGCUUCACUCUUUUUGAUCGUAAUUAAUGUUUAACUUAAUGCAAUAAUUUUUCAUUUGUGGUUCAAUUUAACAAGUCACAGUUUGGAAGAAGAGGGCAAUUUUAAGAUAAAGAUUGUUGAAAUUUUUGAGCUCCAUGCAAGAAUGCUAUCCGCUGAAUAUUAAACGACAGUCUCGCUAAAAUUUCUCUUAAUUAUACAUAAUUAUUGGAAUGGUUUGGACAAUCAACCAAUCCAAAUCACUAAAUCACUUUACCCGGUCGAUUCAUACGUUACUGUUCCAAUACCGCAAUACCGUAAGAAAAAAUGGCAAAUACCGAAAUACCGCGUCGAAAAUCGUCUAAAUACCGAUACCGCAUAUUUUAAUCACAUUCAUAAUCGGUUGCGCAUACUUAUGGGUGCUUCCAUCUAGCGCGUUUAAUUAUCUCAGGCAUUUAUGCACCAGAUGUCCAUGUUUUUUAAAUAUUAUUUUUAGUAGAUGGCAAAUUUUUGGCAAAUUUUCACUUAAAAUAACCUUUUGGUAGGUCCACCCAACAGCUAACUAACUCAAUAAAAAUAACUCUUGAAAGCCGGUCGAUUUGGAUGAGUCAUAGUCUACAGUAUCUCAGGGGUAUCUGACUGGCGACUCGCAAGUGAUGUCUCAUUGUCAUUGGAUGCAACAACAAUCACAUCGUCGACCAGGGUUUAAUCAUUUACCGUUAUGUCUCAAGACUUCUAAAUAUUAACCUUUAUGUCCGUAUUGUAUCAAAUGGUUCAACAAUUUCAAAUCGUCAAAAAUAUAUUAAUGUAAUCCCCUUUGGGGGAUGUCUGGAAUUCAGGCUAGUCAAAUGGUUCAACUUUCAAAUCAUCAAUUUAUUAAUGUAAUCUUGGGGGCGGGGCGGUAAUCUUGAUACUGGGGUGACUGUAAUGAAGUCCAUAAAAAUUUAUUUUUUUGCCACGGUUUUUUUGUUUUGUUUAUAGUUAUGUUUGUUUGCCAAGCAGAUGAUCACCAGUUUAGUCAUUAUGUUUUGAAGCAUGCAUAACAAACUUGAAUUUUAUCUUAAUUCGUAGGGAAUAUGUGAGAGAAGUGAAAGUUCGUCUUGUCAAAUACCUAACUUCCUGUCCUCUUUCGCCAACUCAUGCGAAGGAAUUUUUUACUAUGUUGCUUGAUGAAUACCAAGCUCUUUCAAAAGCGUUUGACAUCCUCAGACCAUUCUUCUGCAAACUGGUAAGACUUUGUUUCAAUGUUUUUCUACCCAGGGCGGGUAGUUCAAAGCUGGGUUAAGGUAACCCCAGGUUAAUGUGUAAUUUGAAUUCAGAUAUGCAAGCUUGAAAAGCCAAUUCAUUUCAAUUAUUUUUGUCUGCAAUUUCAUAAUUGGAUGCUGUAAAAGAUUAAAGAAAAUUAUCUGAGAAAAAUGCUUUUCAAUAAAAGGAAAAGAAACCUGAAUGAAAUGUAAUAAACCUAGCUAAGCAUUAAUCGACGUUCGAACAACUGGGCCCAGUGUUUUAAAAGAGGCUAGAUUUUACACUUGGUGAAUAGUGAGAAAGAUCAGUUAUAAUCAUCCAGUCCUCAAAGGGAUUGUUUUCUAGCAAAUAAAUUGCAAAAUAUGUACAUGUAUGUUAAGCGCCUUCUCUAUAUAUCCCCUCUCCUGAAUUUCAUGUUUUUAAUCGGCCAUCUGACAAGAUUGCUGCACGUAUGGUGAACAUUUCACAGUUUACAACAAUACCUUAGGAUUUUACAUAAAAAGCUCAUGUAAUGUUGAUUGUAGCCUGUGUAACUGUUAGUUUCGCUGGGGUGCAGAGGAUAAAACUUCAUCGCAAUUUCUCUUUGGCUUUGUCGCAAAUAAGUUUUCUUCAGCUCGACAAACAGAGUUGACAUGUGAAAAACGCGUUUCAUCAGGGAGACUGAAAUCCUGUUCUAGGAGUGGACAUCAUUAUCGCCUGCAUUAACCUACAGCGUUGUACAUUGCUGUCUCGGGGAAAAUUGUAUUUCAAGGCUGGUUUUCACUAGCGACUGAGUCGGAGUCGAAGUCGUACGAUCUCGUGAAAACAGUGUUCUGAUUCUUCUGAUUCCGCUUACGACUCUGUCGUUUACGAUCAAGUGAAAACUAGGUUGUCGGAGUCGCAAGCAGAAGCGGAAGAACUAAACCAAUCACAAAGCGUGGGAACGUGCGUUGUGAUUGGUUUAUCCUUCCGCUUCUGCUUCCGACUCCGACAAGUCGGAAGAAAAUGGAAACGUUCUGAUUCUUCCGACUCCGAUUCCGUCACCCUUAUGACUCUGCUUACAACUCCGAUUUUUGAUUUUCACUAGGUCAUAAGCGCUCUUACGACUCCGCUUACGAGUCCCACUCCGACUCGGACUCUGACUUCGUGGCUAGUGAAAACCAGCCUUUAAGGCUGGUUUUGUAGUCUCAUUCGUAAGAGUGGUUCAACUCAACAACUUUUUUUAUGUUGCUGAAAUAUUGCUGAACAAAAUUUACAUAAGCUCUCCUCUAUGCCAAGCUCCCCUACCCCCUCCCCCAAGAGUGUGCACAGUGUAUAUGGCAACUUUUUUUCUUUGUUGACUUUAACAGGAUUUGGAGCAUUUGAGAGAGUUUGGUUUGAGUUGGGACCUUCUUCACAAACAUCUUUUCUACACAGAAAUAUACAGAGACCCAGCAGUUUAUGGUAAUCUUCCAGGCUUAAUCACACAAUUAAGGUGUGUUAUAAUAAUUAAAACUAAUAUGAGUUACAUUGUAGUGUAAUUGUCAGUGGUUUGAUGCUUUCUGUUUUUGUCUUGUUUGUCUCAACAUGUUUUGGCAAGUGACCUUCAUUUGAAAUAAUGAAAGUUGUACCACACGAUAUAAAAAGACAGCACGAUAAAUGCACGCUGUUAAAUUUACCGUGCCGGCGUGAAGGUAUCAAUAUUCCAGAAAGAGCGUAUUGUUUCAAUUGAUGGAGAAUUUGGCAUGUUUAAGACUCAUCUUGAUGUGAUUUACGUGGUUUCGUGGCUUACUUCAUGUGCGACCACCUUUCGCAAGUAGCACCUCUCAUAAGAAACCACCUUUCCAGAACACCAAAAUUUUGCCAAUCAAAUUCCUCAAGUUGGACCCUCACGUAAACGACCACCUCUUGUAAGUGGCCGCAAACACUUUUAAAGGUUAAGGUUUAAUUAUCCUUUGUUUUUAACCUCUGGUAAGCGACCGCUCGACUCCUUGUACGAUUUGUUUGUACACUGAAUUGUGAUGGUAGGGUCACCCUCCUAGCCGGGCCAAUUUUCUCCAUAAUUAUGCAGUGUAAAUUCUUUACACUGCGUAUGGGAGUGCAUAUCUUACAUAUAUUACAGAUAUCAUACAUGUCAAUGCAUAAUUUGUAUAACACUGCAUAUGGGACUGCAUAUUGCCUUGACGGGACAAUUCCGUCAAGGCGACGCAAUCAGAUCGUGCGCGAGCGCUGUUUUGAGCCCUUGACUCAGGCAAAGGGGUCAAUAUAUUUCUCAUAUAAACGCUUGCUUAAGUAGACUCGGCUAGGAGGUUGACCCUUUUUCCCGGGGCAACUUUUCUCCUUAAUUAUAAACAGGGCCUAAAUCUUUGCAUUUUGGGUGGUCACCUAUGGAAGGUUUGACUAAACGGUAAAUCCUCUAUUAAGCGCCCCGCCUCUAAGAAGCCCUCCCCCACCCUUUUUAGGGGAAGAAAUUAGCCGCCCACCCCCUAAUUUUUCUUCAGUAAUAAAUGAGAGACUGUAUUAAUCAAUCACGACUGUAAAACGUCGUGUGGACUGAUCCGGGAUGGUUUAUUUUACCAACUGGAAGUUCGGAUUUGAUUCUGAUCGUCGGCUGUAUGACCUCAAGUCUUCUUGUACUUGAGCUUAUCCACUCUGUGUUCUAGUUCUUUAUGGAGAACUGAUACCAUCGUCUUUUCUAAAUUAAGUAAGCCCCCCUCUCAAAUAAGAACCCCGUCUCUAUUUAAGCCCCCUCGCCCCUUUAAAUGGGCUUGAAACAAUAGAGGAUUUACGGCAGUACCAUUUAGUUGUGCCUUAUCUUCUGUCGAAAAUCCUGAUUUUUGGUCCGGCGGGGAUUUAAACCCAGGCCUACCACUCUUGUACCCAACCUAUAGGCCAUUUCUGAGUUCCAAAAACCCUUACUUUCAAAACUAGGCUAAGUGUAAAACGUUUCUUCUGAAAAUGAGUUUUAUUUGCAUGGGACAAAAAAAUGAUUUUCAUAUCAAUGGGUUCGCACUUAGCCUCGCACUGAAACAGAGGCUUGAAGCAUCUCGAAAAUUGACUAUUGAGCUAACGAAUCUGUUUUUGGAUUUCAGAUUGGGUGCGGUGGCGAGAGAGAACUUUCAACAAGAUAUAUUUCCAAGCUUACUGCACAGGUACAUGCAUUGAACUUUCUUAUGAGUAUUAAAGGGGUUGUUUCAAGAAAUUAUGCCAAUUCAGAUUGUGAAAACUGGCCACCAAAUUCAGCCUAACUUAAAAUAAACACUUCAAAUAGUGAAAGAACUUUUAAAUAACACAGCAAAUACAAAAUAAGUCACGGAUGGACAAAACGUAACAAGAUUAAAAUGGAUUGCAAGUGUUGUUUUUGAAAGCUGUUCAGGCUAACAGUUUCAAUGUUCAUCUUUGUUGUUUGUAAAUUUCAAAAAUAUCGUUCGGGAGAUAUAUUUGUUUGUCACUAAGCUGCUAAUUUAUUCAAUUAAUGUUAAGUUUCAUAACGAGCAAGCUCCUUCAAGUCAUUACUUUACUUGUUCAUUACUCCGAGUGCCUUUCUAUUUUACUGUUUCUUCAUCAGUACAUGCAGUCACAUUUGUUCACAGGUCUUCCUUCUUUUAAUAUUUUGCUAAUAUAUGUUCGCAAGGGUUUGCGGUAUUCUGAAUCACCUACCCCAAAUUUACAAUAUUCAUUAUGUUUUUCUUUCUUUGUUGUUUUUGUUUUGUGUUUUGUUUAUUCCUUCCUUUUUUUUUUUUUUUUUUUUUUCCAAGAUACCUUAGUUUCACCGAUGAUCUGACAGAAAUAGAAUUUUCGUGGAAGGAAAGUGAACAAGCUUUCAAACAUUAUAAAGAAAAACAGGUAAGGAAUGUGGAGGUAUGUGGUGGUAAUAAUAUUAUAGUCGACUCCUCUAAUUGUGGACACCCUCAAUACAGCGAGUUUAUCUCCGUUGUAGCGAGAGUCGUCAAAAUCCGGCGGAUGCAACGAGAAAUUUCAGUUCCUUCCACUGUGGCUAGCGGUUUGCAUCCUGGAGGCAACGACGUAUGCAUUUAUAUGCAGUUAAAUGGGGUAAACAACAAAGAGCGCCGUUAAUGUUUGGGGUCAGUGGUCGGUGUGUAUGUGCAUGCGCAUUAACUUGCUACAUCCUUCAUGCGCGCGAUGAAUGACUCAGACAGCUCUGAUAUUCACUUCGAUUGGAGGGUUAAGCUGUGAAAUGCAUCUUCACUGCUUUCAUUCAGCGGUCAUAGUGAACCCGAAACUGGAGCAAUGUUAGUUCUCGUCCUUGCUCCGACAGGUUUAUCUCCAGCAACUUCGGUUUUCCGCCGCUCUCUCCAAAAACGCACAAACACUAAUAACAACAAGAUCUUACGAGCUCCUUACUUUUUUUUUUUUUUUUUUUUUUUUACAUUUUUUUCCUCUUUUACUACAUGUCGUAGCGGUUUGUUUAUCCACAGUGAGAAUGUUAUGUAACCUCCAAUUUGUAGGCAAAACUGCGUGAAAAAAGUGGCAUACCAAAAGUGGAAUGGGAGGAUGAUUUAACAGGGAUGGAGUGGAAAAAUAGGGUAGGUCUUUUUUGUAUAAUUAGGGAGCUUAACCAAGGCGUUUUUGAGAGACGGGCGUCAACCGGAAGUGAGGAUUUUUCCCUUUUAAUACGCCUUGACGCUGUAAAAUUUGUAUUGCUUAAUUUCUUUACACUUGUAGAGAUGAUUUGACUGAAAAGCUUGGCAACACCACUGCUCGGGAAUGUAAAAAGUCCACUUCCGGUUGACGUACGUCACUCAAAAACGCGUUCGCUUAACUUCCCUUUGGUGGUGAUCGCAGCGAAAACAAUUAAGAGAAACACUGUCAACAAUUACAAAAUUAAUAUUUUCUUUUCCUUUUUGUGUUGUAGGUAUUAAGGAAGCCAAUACAGCAAAGGUAAGUUAGGGAAUUUGUUUUCUCUUACAGCUUGUGUUUUGUAGACCGUAGACCACUCUACAGUCAUAUUGCGACAGUGUUACUACCCUGUCCUAACAAGAAGUAAAGUAAAAAAGAACCAACCGAUUUCAGAAGAAAUGCUGUGGCUCUUGCUAACCGCAGGAAAACGCAAGCGUGCAAGUCAAGAUAAAAGUGGCGCGACAUUUUACAACUUAAUACAAGACAUAACAUUAUUAAGAGUGGCCAAGUGGGCUGCAUGUCCCACUCUCAGCGCGGCAGGCCGCGCUCAAUUGCCGUCCUGACAACAAGAUGGGUUUGUUUUGGUUAUCUCAUUUUUUUUAAUCUUUGUCCAAGCUUGAAAUUAGCCAACUGGUUGCCUCCUGCCAGUUGUGGUUUUUUAUCCUGUUUUUUCGUUGUUGUUGUUGUUGUUGUUGUUUGCCGGAUUAUUCUUCGAUAUUAGAGUGGAUUGCUUUUAAACUACGGUAGCUACAGCAGCGGAGUGCACUUGCACUCAAAAAGAGUCUUUACUGUUGAUUUAUAAGGCUUAACAAUGGCAAGCUAGAAGAAUCGCGAAGUUAGUGUCAAACUGCUAAAUUAUUUUUAAUUUGGGUGGCGCGCAAAUAAAGUUUUCGUCAUUGUGAGAUUGGCCUCAGGGUUUUCAGUGGACAGGGCGCUCUGAUCAUAUUGUUUGUCAACGGCGAGAAUCAGAUGAUUUUGCAAAUUAUGUUUUGUGAAUUUAAUGUUUGUUGCAAUAGUUUUUGAGGUCGUUAUUGUUGGUCAGGAAAUUAAAGUUGACAGGACUUGACCGCCACGCGCCCUUACUAGAUCCUACUAGAAACCUGUGGUAAAAAUUCUCUUUUGUGACUUGCAUAGCACUUCUUAGCCUUAAUAUUCUUAUUUGUUUACUUUUACGUUUUCCGUGUCAGACAUGCACUCCCCCCAAAUGAACGCUUUCAAGGCGUCUUUUGUUGAUCAAUCUUUUUUUUCGUUUAUAGGUGCCAGUGUGGCCACUGUAAUGUCCCCUCCUCACCAUUAAAUUCACCAGUCACGUCGCUACCACCUUUUAAACCAGGAACUUCACAUUCAAAGGUAUGCAACUACAGUUCUUCGUCACCUGCACGAAAUAACUCACAUGGACAACUGACAGCACAGUGGACGAACCCGGUGACGGGUCCAAACUUUGAUCCUCAUCUGUUGAUAUGUAAUGACCUUCAUGGUAUUCCUUCCUCACAGCUGCUUCCGCCUGCUCUGAUGAUGAAUGGUCUGGGAAACACUUGUCACUGUCCUGCUUGUAGCGGUGGAACAACAGGGUAUAGAGAAGGGGCAAAGAUUACAGAGCAGGUACUCUUGGUUUGAUACUGUUCCGUAUUUGAGGGCAUCUGUCAUUACCGUUAAUCCUCUUAUAAGCUCCGCAGGGGACUUAUGUAUUUCAAGUACAUUUGAGGGGCGCUCAUUUAAUUUAGUGUAAAGGGGCGCUGUGGUGUUCGUUCAAGCAAACCGAAGAUGGUAUCAAUUCUCCACAAAGAACUAGAACGCUAUAAGUGGAAAAACGUAAAACCGUGAAGUUGCAGGUCGUGCAGGCGAAGUUCGGAGGCUGUUAUCCACCUCGGUCUUUGGCCUUGGUGGAUGACAUUCUCCUCGAUCUGCAUCAUUCUUCGCAUCAUACUCUGCCUAAUUCAAUAUUUGUUAAUUGAGUACUGGAGUCUUUCAUUUAUUGAUUUAGUUGUGAAGGAUAAGGGGAAGAUCACGACAAAACAUACGUCACUUGCACAUCUCCCACAAUGCACCUUAUUUGCCCCCCAGAAUUUUGCAUAGCCGUUGUUUUUCGUUUCUUCUGGGUAUUACAGCCGUCCUUAGAGAAAUUGAAAACAAUGCUUGUGCAGAAUUUUGGGGUGCAAAUAAGGUGCAUUAUGGGAGAUGUGAGGGUGUCGUAUGCAAGUAAGCCCUGUCCCGUUUGUCACGCACAAUUGUUUUGUCAUCCUGUUAUAAUAAAUUAAAGACGCCUCAAUAACAGCAUAUAUUUAUUCUUCUUUCAGCCUCCGAGUGGCAUGAUAGUUGGCUGCCAGUGUAGUAAAUGCCCCUUUCACGGCACAAAGGACCAAGAAACCAGAUUAAAGAGUGAUAGCAAGAACUUCACCAACCACGCAUCCCCUGCGGUCCAUGUACCCACUCCUAACAACAAUCACAUUCACAGCAAUCACUGCCAUCCACAACACAUUGUACCUCCUCCCCCGACACCUCUUCACUGUCCCUUAGAGGACCCCCCUCAGGACCUCAGUGGCCUUCUACUGGACAGCAGCCUCAGGCAAAUCAAUUAUAAUGGUUACCAUAACAACUUAGAUGGUUGCGCGGAGGUUGAUGGUGGAGAAAACAGCUUGAGUGACAGUAACAGCGAAUAUGAAGAUGACGACGAAGACGAUGACGAUGAUGAUGAUGACGAAGAGGAGGAGGAUGAUGGCAGUAGUUGCUCCCCGCGGAGAACAAGCCAGUGUUCAGGUACCUGACUGUCUACGUAGUCUUGACCUCGGAAUACAACCGUCUCUCAUCACUCCUCCUCAGUCUCUCGUGUUUCAUCCUCUCGCCUCUUUUAGAAACGUGAAUAUUACUGAGGAGAGUUAGCAUUCGCAAAGAUUUCUGGGGACGCUUCAGUCAGCCAAAUUGUUUUCUCUGUCCCCAGAAACAGUGCCAGAAGUCUUCGCGAAAUUUAACUUUUCCCAGUUUCCUUUUCGUUUCUGAAGUUUUUUUUUUUGUAAUUUAAUAGCUGUUAUCAAUUUUUCACACUUAAAUAGUGAAUACAAAACAAAAACACUGCAAAAAGUUAACAAAUUAUUUUUAAAAAACGCUACAAAACACCAAGUAUUCAAACAAAUUUCGAUUUACGUUAUUGAGAUUACAACCACACAAAAGAAUACAAAUUAACAUAGAAAAAUUCACAAUGCCGUGAACAAGAGAAAAGGAAAAAAAGAACAGCAAUGGCCGAGACAUUAGUGUUACAUGUAAACUUUCAUAAAUUAUAAACUUACGUUAAGUGAGACGCAUAUGCGGGACACCUCUUCUACGAGCUUACAAAUGGCAAGAAAUUCUUCCAUUUCUUAAAAUGUGUGGUUAGUUUGUUCCGCCUGUUCGCUAUUGUCUUUUCUACGUGGUAAAGUCGUUUCUCAAGUGGCAAAUAGAGAUAUUUCGGCUCUAUUCGCAGGCUAAGAUCAAAGCUGUCAUUAAGCGUUGUAAUCGUAACGCCUGUUGCAGUUGUACUCAUAUGAUGUUACUUUUUUCAAAGUGGAAAGCUAAAGGAGACAGUGAAGAUACUUUGUGAAAAGUUCCAGGUGAAACUUCACUAAUUACAGCUGCUGAAAAAACUGAACGAAAGCCUUGAAGAUAGUGUGCAAAUGAUGUCACAUCUUCAAUUCCGCACCUCUUUUAAAUUCAAUCACAAAAAUCAUUCCCUAAAAAUGAUAUCUGUUGUUCGUAGGAGAAACAUCCAACAAAAGUAAAACAAACCUCAAGCAAUUUUUUUUUCACACACUGUUACAGAACUGUACUGACUACUUAAAACCUUGUAGAUCGUCCAACCAGGUGAUAUAUCUCGGCUUCGUUUUUUGCAGACGUUGAUGGACUGGGGCUUGAUGUGCCACCCGGGUCUCCCUCGAGUGUGCGCAGUAGUGGAGAUGGCAGCUCAUGUGACACUCCACCUGUCAAUCAAUGUUCGUCAUCAACAGAUGAUGGUAGAACAGACCGCGGCAAAUACUGUGAUUGUUGCUACUGUGAAUUUUUUGGCCACGCUGCAGUAAGUAACUGCUAAUUGAUUGUCUCCAAUGUAACCCUCUGAUGGAUCACAUCUCUUGUUAUAUAGCGGGAAAUGUUUUUUCCCAGCAGCGUGCGGUCUCGUAGGUUACUUCCAUCAAGGUCACGCCGCACAUGACAAUUUGAAUCAACCUUUCUCUUACCAAAAGUCCCUGAGCGGGCAACACUGCAAAAUCUGUGAUGUCAGAGGGUUACAGUGCUGUGACAAAUCACUUUCGUCUGUUCAACACAAACUGCUUAUUGUGGGGACUUUCCUCGUUGAAUGGUUGUUAUCUUAUGUCUUUUAGCCUCCUGUAGCACCCACCAGUCACAACUACACAGAGAUGCGCGAUAAGUUAAGAAGUCGACUCAAUAAGCGACAGGUGAGAUUAUAUAUAGAGCCCUGAACUUCAUCGAGAUGUUGGAAUGUUAUAAAAUGCUGAUAAGACACUGCCAGUAAAUAUCCUAAUCAGGGUGCAAAGAAAGUAAUUUUUACAGCUUGCUAUUCGGGCAAGCUGAAGUUAGCAUUUACUAGCCCAAACGUCAUUUCAACUAGCCCCCAAAAUUUUUGGAUGAGCAGAAUUGAUUUCACAGUUCUUCUGUAAGAUGAAUUCUGCAAAAUACUUCACUUACCCGUCGGUCAAGUUAAGAACAUAAUUCACUAGCCCGAUAGCAAAACCCACUAGCCCCGGGCUAUCGAACACUACUUUCUUUGCACGCUGCUGACCCCCUCACUUUCCAGUGGCGUUGCACCUCCUCUAGGGAUCUAAUGAAAUCAUUAGAUCCCUAUGUGUUGCAGCUCUUUUCUUUUUGGGCCAAGUUCCAUUGUUCGCUUAGUUUGUUCAUUGGUUGCCUAGCAAAUCCUGUGAAGCCUUAUUACGGCUGCGAGUACAUCUCACUUUCAAAUCAAGACUGCAGAAGUCUGACUUCAAGAAAAAUCAAGUUUCAUUUUAACUCGUGGAAAUCAGAAUGAUAGUAAAAAGAACAAGUGAUUCCAAGCUAUAGCUGCUCCUUGAGGUUUCGUUCAAAUGGACACAACAAAGGUUUUCCUGAACAGACUGAACAGUUUAAACUACCGUCGAACCUCUGUCAACAGCUACCAGUUCACAACGGCUACUUGUUAACGCGUGAAUACGCGAAGCGUAGAAACGACUUUUUGCAGGCACUCCAAUAUGCAUAAGGGUCACUCUCUCAUUCAGAUCUACAUUGAUGCUCUUCAUUAUUAGUCGGCCCCGAACUCGAGAGCGCCAAUAUCUCAAUGUUUAUCGUCGUAGAUCGAUCUUUUCCGAAGUCCGCUGUGAUAAAGUUCACUCGGCACGCAUUAGGCCCAGAGUUCGUUGGAGCUGACAUUGCAGUGGUUUUGUAGUUUCAGGGCGAUUAGGCGUCUUCAAUGGACUUUGAAAUGUUUCAAUUAAGCACCAGGGCAAACCUAGAGACUGUAUUUCUGUGCCUUUUGACUUGACUCUCUAAUUGUCGUUUUCCGCGAGUUAGCCACAGGCCUUCGUUGAUUUGUCUCGGCGGAAAGUCAUCACAGUCAUUAAUGAUAACAGUGUGUUUUGUUGCAGCCCAACCAGGCGGUACAAGAAGACAAGAAAAACGCGCCUGUGGUUGAUCACCGGUCAGUGGAUGACCUCCUGACAUUCAUCAAUGGGCAAGGCGUAGAAGACGAGGGGGCGCGGUCAAAAUCUAAAGCGCAGAAAAGAGCGCGACAGAAACAAAAAAAGGUAUAGUUACUUUUGCUUUCCUAUUAAAUUUACAUUUAUAUUUUAAUUGACGUUGAAAGGAUUAUUUAUGUGCCACGGUUUGUGUUCGGCUUGGUUCGAUGGAGAUUAGCGUCAACACGAGAACGCGAGGAAACCUAGUUAACUUUCGCAAAGACUUCUUGAACUGUUACGAUGGACAGGGAAAAAAUUGCCAAUAGUAUUUAUUUAUUUAUGUAUUUUUCUGUGUGUGUAUGUAUUUAUUUAUUUUUUUAUUUACCAUGUACAGCCUACCCCUCACAUUUUGAGGAUUAUUGGUAUGGUUAACAGUAACAGUAACAUUCCAGAAACCAGCAUUUGCGGGACACAUUUUGGCUUUUCGUUUCCAAACUGGCGAACUUGGGUAAUUUUCUCUUUAUGUUUUUAGGCAGCAGAAAAAGAAAAGCAGGCCCUGAACUCGAACUAUCAAAACGGUGGUAAAUGUUCUUCCGCGGGUUGCGAGAAGAUCAACGGUGUUCAUCAUGAAGGUUCCGAGAAGAAGAUAAGGAACAGGCAGCUGAGUGAAGAUACUCGGAAACGAGAAAUGCCUGCAUUGAACGAUAAAAACUGCGAGGAAGGAAAGCGGGCACAGCGGAGGAAAAUGGAGGAGCCUAAGCAAAAGCAAAGGGAGGACUUAAACGAGUGUUCCAAGUCACGCAAGAAGCAGAGUCAGUCCCGACAAAACAUCACGGUGUCACGCCAGGAUUCAAAAGAGAUUAACGGCAAGGAAAAUAAUCUCGGCCCGCAGCGACAGGCUGGGGAAAAACCGGAGAAACAGCGACAGGAUUCGUUAUCCCAAGUCCCGAUUCCUGUGGAGAUUUGCAAGGAGGAUGCCCAAGAUAAGUCGGAUAGCAGCAGCCGGUCACAGCAGAAAAAACAGGGGAAGAAAAAGAAGAAAAUGUCGCUAGGUAAAUGUGGAGCUUAAGACCUUGAAUGGCGUCAUCGCUAUUUAUAGAGCAUAAUAGAAAGCAUUGUACUAGAGAGUUUCUAAAUAGCUUUUAUUUUAUUUUAUUAUUACUCUUUCAAGAAUUAUUACACUUUCAGGAAAGUGCGGCUCAGUAGCUUUCACUGUAUAUUAUUCAGUAUGAAUGCUGUGCUGUAAAUAAGAACAUUGCUUCUGAAAAUAUUAGCAAAUUAUAUUUCGUAUUUGUUCACAUCCUGUAUUUCCCCCUUUUAGAUGACGUUUUCUUGCCCCGUGAAGACAUUGAGGUAGGUUUUUUUUUUCUUUCAUUCCACUUUGUCAUCUUUUUGUUGUGUCUACUUUAGUUUUAGAUCACCCCGCUAGCAGAGCGUUCGUUUAAAGCUGGUCCCGAAUAUUCUGGUCCGACUUAACCGAAAUGGACCGUUCCAUUUGAUGUACCAACCGAAUUGUCCGGAAUUUUGGGUUGAGCGGAAAGCGCCCAAGUUUUGACCUUCGAUCAGAAGCCUGAAACUCGCGCUCUCCCGCACAGGCACUCCCUAACGGGUGGUUACUACUAGUAUAUAUAGUAUAUUGGCUUUUUAGGGGUAAUAUAAAUACUGGUAACCCAGUAGUUUCUACUGUGGCCCACAAAUAAGACCAGAAACACAAAAAUAAAAACACUUUGGAAACAUUUGGAAAUAAACAUAACAAACUGGGGGCGUUAAGAAGCCCAACUGUCCCGAGGCAAACCAGUUGGCUAUUUACAAGCGUGACUGACGAGUUAACCUCGAGGCCCUCCAGAACAACUCCAGCUAGUGGUUUAAAGGGGCGGGGGGAUUGUACUCAGGGCCUCUGGAUUGCAAUUCCAGCCCUUUAACUGCGCGACCUCGCUGCCUCCUUAGGUGACCUUUGAUGCACUAACAUAAUUCCUGAUCGAGAUCAUUCCAAAUGAGCACACUCUUUCCUCCCUUUAAUCAUAGCCAUAACAAAAUUCUCAACUCUGAUUGGCUAUCUAUUGUACUGAUUUCAGCACUAAUAGGACAGUACGCGCCAUCAUGCGCGCGCUUAAAUGGUUUUUUUCUUCCCUGCUAGCAAAAAACUCUCGGAAUUUCUUGUGCUUUGAUUUUAAAAAAACUGAAAUAUAUAGGUAUGAAUAGGUAACAGAAUAGGUAACAGAACUUCGUGUCGUCCAAUUCGGUCCGUAAUCAUACUCGUAAUAAACAAAUCGGACGACCGCGUAAUUUGUUUAUCACUCCGUCUCGUAUGAUUACAGACCGAAUUGGACUCCACUCAGUCCUAUUACCAUUAUUAAUGGCGAAUUAUUAAGGACCGAGAUCGGUCUGAUAUGUCAUUUAUUUUUUUUGUAGACUGACAAGCUUACUCAAAUGGAUGAAGCCGAGCGUGAAUUGGAGGAGUUCAAAAGGUAUGGAAGCUCAGAAAAGUCGUUUUAAUAGUCAAUAUUGACGCGUUCGUUUGGGAUGCUUAAGAUACAUGGCCCACUGUCUAUGCUGUGGUUACUGUCGUGCCUGGACAUCCUUUGUGCUUCUCGUGUAUUGUCGUUUAUCUAGUUUACAGAUUUUGCUCUUUUAGGAAAAAAUAGAGUGUGUCUGCUAACCGUUAUCGUUUUGCUUCAGGUUUUGCAUGAAUCUAACACCACUGGAGAGAAGGGAACGUAUUCCAGUAAAUGUCAACCUGAAGGGGCUCCUGAGCGGCAAGAAAAAUGGUUCCUCGUAGAUAAUGCUCCACACUCUACCUCAGCCCCUGAUCAAAGUGGCCCACCAGGCCCGUUGAUCCAGUUUUACCCGAUGACCUAUUUGACUAGACGAGUCACUUAAAAAGCAGCGUAAAGAAGGCAGCAGACGAAGUUUUCAUUUCAAUUUAAUCAAAUGCACAGAGAAUUAUAUUACCAAAUAAAAUGUCUAUUUAGUUUCGUGAAGAAUUCCAC